AAGCAUUCAACUAACAAUGGCUCACUUUCAAAACUUACUAAUUUUCUUGGCCGUGUGCGUGCUAGCUGUGACACUGGCUCAGUCAUCCCAAGGGGGGCCACACACUUCUCAAGGUGCCCCACACACCUCCCAAGGUGGCCCUCAUCAGAACCAGGGUCGAUCCCGAAGACAAGCUGUAGCUGGUACCUUCGACAUCACUCAAUCAGUUGCGAACUGGACCACUUGUAACUACCUCGUCGACCCGAAGAUAUCCUGCCAUGAUUGCCAUACUAGAAUUAUCUGCAAGCCGAUUGGGGGUCUUCUGAAGUCAUGUGACGACCCCAGCAGGCCACACUGCAAUAAUGGAAUCUGUUCUGCUGUGCCAAGUGUCCAAUGUGCCUAAACUUACGACUGAACCGAUUUUCUGAACUCGGGCUUUGUUUUAUUAAAAUAUUUUGCCCAAAAUAAUUGUUUAUCUUUUU